CCAGAGCAUGAUGACCGCGUUAGUGUCCCCCGAAGAAGGAAAGGCCGGGGUCCUUUCCGGUGGCAGGGGAACCGUAGUCGGUCUGGACGAGGCGGUUCUGGUAUUCGUUCUGCCCGCCUUGAGGAAGAUGAUGGCGAUGUGGCAAUGACUGAUGCUCAGGAUGGUCCCCGAGUACGAUACAAUCCCUAUGUGACCCGACCCAACCGUCGUGUUAAUAACUGGCAUGAGCGAGACAGAAUCCACGUCACUGUGCGGCGAGACCGAGCUCCUCCUGAGAGGGGGGUGGCCGGCCCCAGCCAGGAUGGGGCCGUGAAGAACUGGUUCAAGAUUACAAUCCCUUUUGGUAGGAAGUAUGACAAGACAUGGCUGCUGAGCUCCAUUCAGAACAAGUGCAGCGUCCCCUUCACACCCAUCGAGUUCCACUACGAGAACAUGCGGGCCCAGUUCUUCGUGCAGGACUCCAGCACCGCCUCUGCCCUAAAGGCUGUCAACUAUAAGAUUAUGGAUCGGGAGAACCGGCGGAUCUCCAUCAUCAUCAACCCUUCAGCCCCGCCCCAGACGGUGCUGAAUGAGCUGAAGCCGGAACAAGGAGAGCAGCUAAAGCUGGUCAUGAGCAAAAGAUACGACGGCUCUCAGCAAGCCCUGGACCUCAAAGGCCUGCGCACCGACCCAGAUUUGGUGGCCCAGAACAUUGACGUUGUCUUGAACCGCCGAAGCUGCAUGGCGGCUUCCCUGCGAAUCAUUGAAGAGAACAUUCCGGAGCUGCUGUCUUUGAACUUGAGCAAUAAUCGGCUCUUCCGGCUGGAUGACCUAUCCAACAUAGUGCAGAAGGCUCCCAAUCUCAAGAUCCUGAACCUUUCUGGGAAUGAGUUGAAGUCAGAGCACGAAUUGGACAAGAUCAAAGGGCUGAAGCUAGAGGAACUCUGGCUGGACGGCAACCCCCUGUGUAACAACUUCUGUGACCAGUCCACCUACAUCAGCGCCGUUCGAGAGCGAUUCCCCAAGUUACUACGCCUGGAUGGUCAUGAGUUACCGCCACCCAUUGCCUUUGAUGUUGAACCCCCUACGACGCUACCUCCUUGCAAGGGAAGCUACUUGGGAAGUGAGAGCCUGAAGAACCUGGUCCUGCACUUCCUGCAGCAGUACUAUGCAAUUUAUGACUCUGGAGACCGGCAGGGCCUCUUGGAUGCCUACCAUGAUGGGGCUUGCUGUUCCCUGAGCAUUCCCUUCAUGCCCCAGAACCCUAGCCGAAGUAGCUUGUCCGAGUACUUCAAGGAUAGCAGGAACGUGAAGAAGCUCAAAGAACCUAGCUUACGGUUCCGGCUGCUAAAGCACACGCGCCUCAACGUGGUCGCCUUCCUCAACGAACUACCCAGAACGCAGCACGACAUCAACUCAUUCGUGGUAGAUAUAAGCGCCCAGACGAGCACGUUGUUGUGUUUCUCCGUCAAUGGCGUCUUCAAGGAAGUGGACGGCAAGUGUCGGGAUUCUCUGCGAGCCUUCUCCAGGACCUUCAUCGCCGUCCCCGCCAGCAACUCAGGGCUGUGCAUCGUCAACGACGAGCUGUUUGUGCGGAAUGCCAGCCCCGAAGAGAUCCAAAGAGCUUUCGCCAUGCCUGCCCCCACCCCUUCCUCCAGCCCAGUGCCCACCCUCUCCCCUGAGCAACAGGAAAUGUUGCAAGCCUUCUCUACCCAGUCCGGCAUGAACCUCGAGUGGUCCCAGAAGUGCCUUCAGGACAACGAGUGGGACUACAGCAGAUCAGCACAGGUCUUCACGCAGCUCAAGGCUGAAGGCAAGAUCCCGGAAGUGGCGUUCAUGAAGUGACUCCCGUUCGUUCCCAGAAGCCCUCUGUAAAUAGCCCUUGACGUCUUCGUCUGUCUCCUCCCCGGCCACCUUGUGACUGACCUCGGAGGGGUGGCAGCCGCAUCCCUCUCCUCCUGCCUUCUGGAAGACUUCCGGGAGAUUGAGCCUCAGUGGUGCCAGGAAGCCAAAGCUUACUUUGUAGAACUGACACUAAAUUACCCGAAGGACUUAGGUGCUUUGUGUAUUGUCCCCAGACUUUUUAUGAUAAAUAAGUGCUAUUGUA